AUGACCAGUCAGAAUGUUGGUGGAGUUGUAUCAGAUAUAUGUAACGUUGGUUACUAUGGAGAUGAUUGUGACAAAACAUGUCCUAGUAAUUGUGAAAAUGCUGGAUGUAUGCAAGCAAAUGGAACAUGUAUUGGGAAUUGUAAAGAGGGUUUUUAUGGCAGCAUGUGUGACCUAAAAUGCAGUAGUAGGAUCAAAAAUUGUAUACAUUGUGAAGUUACAGAUGGUAAAUGUUUGAUUUGUGAAAAUGGACUUUUCGGAGAGGAUUGCAGGUUUACAUGUCCAGAACAAUGUGAAACAUGUGAAAGUAAAGAUGUGUGUAUGACUUGUAAAAAAGGAUACUUUUUGCUGGGUAAUAAUUGUGCAAAAUGUUUAAACAAUUGUAAAGCUUGCAGACAUUAUAGCGAAUGUUCUGAAUGUGUACAGGGUCGUUAUGGGCCUACAUGUGGUUACACGUGCCCUAAACAGUGCCUAGAAUGUAAAUCAGCAGACGAGUGCACAAAGUGUAAAGUUGGCUAUGAGAGUACAUCAAGAAAAUGUCAGUGUAGUCACAACUGUUACAGAGAGGGAGAUUUAGACUCUUGGUGUAGUGUUGAUGGAAAUUGUUCUAAAGGUUGCAUUGAUGGAAAGACAGGAGUACACUGUCAAACUGAUUGUGAUGAUGAAAAGCGUUGUUUGAGAUGCCAACAAUUCAGCAAAAGUUGUGAACAAUGUGUAAUUGGAUACUAUGGUAAGGAACACUUCUGUGGCAAAAUGUGUGGCAACUGUUUGAAAGAAUCAUCUGGAGAUAUUAAAUGUGACAUAGAAGAUGGAAACUGCCCAGGGGCUUGUACCCUAGGGUUCUACAAUGAACAAUGUAAGUUACAAUGUGCUAAAAAUUGUGACAAUACUAAAGGAUGUGAGAAAAUAACAGGUAAAUGUGUGGCAUGUAAAAUUGGCUUCUUUGGAAAGAAGUGUGAGAAUAGUUGCAGUAAAAAUUGUUUUAAUGGAGGCUGUGAGCAGCAUGAUGGGUAUUGUAAUGAAGGAUGUAUACCAGGCUGGUACAACAAUACAUGUGAGAGUACAUGUAACAAAGGUUGCAAACAUCAAAUAUGUGAUAGAAUGACAGCUGAAUGUAGUCAUGGUUGUGAAAAUGGAUAUAAAGGCAAAUAUUGUGAAAUGGACUGUCUGGAUGGGUUUUUCGGAUCUAACUGUACUAAGAAGUGCGGGUACUGUUUAUCAAGUCAACCAUGUGACAAGAAAACAGGCCAAUGUACAGAAGGAUGUGAUAAAGGAUAUGCUGGCAGUGAAUGUAUCAUAGAAUGUCUGGAUGGGUUUCACGGAUCUGACUGUACUAAGGACUGCGGGUACUGUUUAUCAAGUCAGCCAUGUGACAAGAAAACAGGCCAAUGUAAGGAGGGGUGUGAUAAAGGAUAUACUGGCAGUGAAUGUAUUAUAGCUCAUGUUCCUGACGUUGAAGAAGAGUCAACAAAUCUAUUGUUCAUUAUACCGGUCCUCAUCGUGACGACCGUCAUCGUGGUCAUCGUGAUCAUCGUGUUUUGUAAAUACAAAAACAGAAGAUGUUCCUGCAUGUUGUACAAGAAUGAACAUCAAACUGGUUCUGAACAAGCACAAGAAUUAAAUGACCGUGGAAUUCAUGAUGAUGAAAGAAGUGAUGAUAAUUCUGAUGACGACACACUUCACUCAGAGGAAGCCAAACUACACAAAGCUGACGAUGAUGCGACGGAGUCUGGAAGGGAAGUUGAUGGUAGAAACUUCCAUCGUGGAGGAGAAGUUGAUGGUAGAAACCUCCGUCUUGGAGGGGAAGUUGAUGGUAGAAACCUCCGUCGUGGAGGGGAAGUUGAUAAUAGAAAAUAACGUGAUGGA